AUGGCGCUCCUCCGAAGCUUCGGCCUCGGCUCUCUGCUGGCCCUCUCACUCCCGCACGCCACGGCUACACUUGCAAAGGGCAACGGCAACGGCACGAGUAAUGCGCCGGGUCUUCCGAUGGUCAUCCACACCUGGGGCGGCGCGUUCACUGUGGCCACGGACGCAGCCUACUUGUCUCUGCUCGAUACGCAAACCUCCGCCCUUGACGCUGUAGAGCUGGGGUGUUCUACAUGUGAGGCGAAUCAGUGUGAUGGUAGUGUAGGCUACGGCGGGUCACCGGACGAAAACUGCGAGACAACGCUCGACGCCAUGAUCAUGGACGGCACGACCAUGAAGUCCGGCAGUGUAGCGGCUCUGAGGCGCAUCAAGGAUGCCAUCUCGGUAGCGCGAGCCGUGUUGGAGCACACCACUCACACGAUGCUCGCUGGGGAACUGGCCACCGACUUCGCCAUCGCGAAUGGCUUCGUCGCGGAGAAUCUGACCACGGAGGCCUCGGCAGCUUCGUGCGAGGAGUGGAAGGCCAGUGGCUGCCAGCCCAACUACCGCAUCAAUGUCACGCCUGACUCGGGAAGUUCGUGCGGGCCGUACACUCCGCUGGCACUCAACUCCACCUCUUCAGGAUAUGCUUCUCAGUUGCAAGCUCGUGGGGCUUCAGAGGGCCAUGAUACCAUCUCGAUGAUCGCGCUGCAUUCCUCUGGCGCCAUGGCGGCCGGGACAUCGACCAAUGGAGCGAGUCGCAAAGUACCCGGCCGCGUGGGCGACGGUCCCAUCACAGGGAGCGGGUCGUAUGUCGAUGGAGACAUAGGUGGGUGUGGUGCGACUGGCGAUGGCGAUAUCAUGAUGAGAUUCCUGCCUUGUUAUCAAGCAGUAGAGAAUCUGAGACUGGGCAUGACACCGCAGCUCGCGGCCGAGGAUGUUGUUUCACGCAUGGUGAGGAAGUAUCCGGAGGUACAGAGCGGCAUCGUGGUCUUGAACAGCAAGGGGGAACACGGGGGCGCUGGCUCUGGAUGGACUUUCACGUAUGCUUAUCGUGGCGGAACCAUGAACGAGACGGCGGUGGUCAGCGUGCCACCCAUCAACGAGGUUGGCGACUUGCGAAGACCGAAGCAGCGCAGGAACAGGACCCACGAGGAACAGCAGACUUCGCAGCAAUCUUCGCUAUCGCCGCCUCUUAGCCCUCCUCCACUGGUCAGCUCCUUUUGCGCCGCCUGGGCUACGUCGGUCAUUCUGGUGGUGCUGGAGAAGCCUGAGGGCUGGGCGGCUGACACCGGUGACAAGAGUGAGGACAGAGAACUCAUUGUUGGUGGUUGGUAG